CUGUUUUUUCGAUAACGUGACACAAGUCAAAACACUUAUGGCGUAACCUUCUAAAUUUCCGUGUUUUAUUUGGACUUUAUUAAAUUUUCAGUAAAAAAAUCUAAAUUUUUGUAUUAAAUCUACAUUUAAAAGUGUAAGCAACAAAAUUGUAAAGUGUUUAGAAAGUGCCAACAAAAUGCCUGAACAAAAAGAAACUAAAGGUGACGACAAAAAUAAAAGAGUAAAAAUCAAUGUUGAAGGGGAAGAUGAAAUCGGCGAAGGCGAGAUGGGCCGUAAGAAGAUGAAGCGGUUCGUGAUGCCGAACGUGCCGCGAUGGUGGCAGCUCAAGGUCAUACAAUAUGCCUUCGCCCACCCGCACGUCCGGGCGCGGCUCGAGAAGCACAUGGGCUCCAACCUGGUGCGGCUGACGGACAAGGCCUACAUGACCGAACUGGAGGACCGCAUCCGCGCCGUCAACGAGGAGAACCUGAACAAGAGGAUCUCCUCCCGAGUCCUCGACGAAAUGGAGCGGCUAAAACGGCUUAUCCUCGUCGGGAAGACUCCACUGAAAGAGUGCCCUCCUGAACUCUACCACCACCCCGUCUUCGUUUUUUGGAGGAUGGUCAAUAAGGAGGUCCAGAGGGCGUCUAAGAAACGGGCCGACGCGUUCUACAGGAAACUGAAGGCGUCGCAAAUGAAUGUUCAAACUGCCGACGAAGACGUGGAGGCAGUAGAGGAAGAAACAGAGAGUGAGCAGCUAACGCCCCAGCAGCUGCUAGACAAGGUCAACCAAGAUCUAGAGCUGCAGAAAGCAGCCGACAUCGAGAAGGGUGUCCGCUUCACCGACGACCAGUUUGCGCUCAUCAAGUACGAAACGCAGGACGUUAAGACGCUCAAAACUCUUACGACCGUGGAAGAGCUGUACGCAUUGGCUGACAAGAUUAUUGGAACAAAACGAAUUUGAACUAUUCUGUAAAAGUUCUUGGUAAAGAAACUAUUUUAACGCAAAAAAUGGUAGAACGAACAGUAUUAUUGAAACUGGAAUUACACUAGUAGAACUAGAACUAGGAUGAACCCCAUCAGUAUACACUGGGUCCACAUUAUUAUGUAGUAAUCUUUUGAGAACUACCUACAAUCUAAUAGUUCUAGUAUCGACUCUUUUCCAACUCUAUUCAAGAUAUUUAUUAAUAUCAAAGAGAAAUUGAAAUAGAGGUGGAUUGUCAAAGAAAACUUUGUAGCCACAGUAAAUUUACUGCCAUCUUUCGUUCGACACAUGAUCAAAACUUUUAGGACGCAAUUUGACUUUGAUCCUUAUUCUUUCACUGAUAUGUGUUAAACUUGUUUAAUGUCAAAAAGUGGCGCUAUCUUACCGUGCAUAGGCCAAAGGUUGUGGCGCCAUCACUCAAAACGAUGCCACCAUACCUUUGGCCUUUGAUCUACUAAAUGGCGCCAUUUUUUAAUAUUUAACAAAUUUUACAUCUAUCAGUGAAAUAAUAAGGAUCAAAGUCAAAUGGCGGUCUAAAAGAUUGCAGUAAAUUUACUGUGGCUACAAAGUUUUCUUUGACAAUCCACCUCUAUUUCAAAUUCUCUUUGUUAAUACUAAUAGCCACUUGAAUCAUUAUCAAAUAGGUAACAUUUUAUAGUUUCAUUUGUAAUUGUUUCCUAAUAACUUAAUUAAUUAUUAGUGUAUCGUUAGUAUCAGUAGUAAGAAGCAUUUUUUUAAACUAUUUUGUUGCCAUAGUCAGCCUUCUUAACAUAACUUCAGUUAUUGACGAAACUCUAACAAUAAUAAGCAGACAGUAGAUUUACUGAUACUGACAUAAUACUCACAAUAUGUCGCACUGUUUAUCAAAUUAGUGUGAAAAAUAUCGCUUAAGUUUAAACAAUAAAAUAAAAAUAGAAAUCAAACCGACCCAUAUACGGCUACCACCAGUUUGACACUGGCAUAUUCUAUUUAUUAUUACUUUCUUUGCAUCUCGCUCGUACUCGUAUGCGAGCAAGACGAAUAGAAAGUAAGUUACGCAGACGUUAGCGAAUAUGUCAGUUUGAAACUGCUAAGGCAGUCGUGGUAAGGCAACUAGUCAAUGUUAAAUGUGUAAGUGUUUAAACAUGUAUAAGUAACUGUGAUUUUGUAUUAAAUGGUGUCCUAAUAAA